AUUGGGUCGAGUGACAGGCAAAUACUUGUCUUUUGCCACUCCAAAGUUCUCAUUUUAUCUUCCCACCAUCCACACCUCUCAAAACCCUCUUCUUCUUCCUAUCCCCUCUCAAAAACCCCUAAACCCCCAGAAAGGUUUCGACCAUGGGAGAAGGAAAGCAAGGAGUAAUGGUGGUGGAUUCAUCAAAGGGUUUAAUCCAACAAAACCCAAUUACCCAAAUUCAAACCAAAAUCAAAGAAGUGGAAGUAAAGGUUAAAGCUUGGCUUGCAAAACAAUCUAUUCCUGUUGAAGCUGCUGUUGUUACUCUUGGUGGUGCCACCCAAGGUGCCCUUAUUGGUGGUCUUAUGGGUAGCCUUACGCAGGACCUUUCGACCUCCCUGCCUAUGCCUCAGCCUCCUCCUGGUGUUAGUCUUGACCCUAAUGCUAUGGCUAGUUUGAAACAAGCUCAGGCUCUCUCUGGGGGUCCAUUGGUUCAAGCUCGCAACUUUGCUGUCAUGACAGGUGUCAAUGUUGGCAUCUCUACUGUCUUGAGGAGAAUCAAAGGGAAGGAGGACGUAUGGUCCAGCAUGGCAGCCGCAUUUGGUUCUGGAGCCAUGUUUUCUUUGGUUAGUGGCAUGGGUGGUCCAAACCAAAUUCCCAGUGCAGUCUCAUCUGGAGCUUUUUUUGCCCUUGCUCAAGGAGGAAUUUACAAGCUGGGAGAAAAGUUCUCCUCUAAACCAGUGCUGGAAGAUGAUCCAUUCUAUGCUAAAACAAGAAGCAUGUUGUUUAGCCUUGGCCUCCAGAGCUAUGAAAAGAACUUUAAGAGAGGACUGCUAAAUGACCGUACAUUACCAUUGCUCACUGAUAGUGCCCUUAAAGACGCACAGAUUCCUCCUGGACCAAGACUUCUCAUUCUUGACCAAAUUGAAAGGGAUCCAGAGCUUAAAGAGAGGCGAAAAAAGUAGAGUGCUUACGCUGUUGUCAGACAAGCUUACAGGGCAACAAAUCACCACUCCGUAUUUAUUCGUACAAGGGAAUUCAGUUCUGUACUGUAGGUGGUAUUUUCAUUUUAAAGGUAGAUUGUUCUUGAAAUUUUAACUACGAGUACGUGGUAGUUACUUUGAGUUCUUAUUCAUGAUGUGAUCAACUAGGUUUUUGACACUAUUGUCCCAAUUAAUAAGAUGCAAAUCAAGUAGGCUA